GAUUAAGAGAUUUAAUUCCUUAUCUAUUUCAUCCAAAAGUAACUUAAUUGUUAAAGAUCUGUAUUUUUACUGUUUUAAUAAGUGAUAAGAAUGUUUGGGGAAUUUCACGUAUCUUUCUAAAUUAUUCGGAGUUUAAUCGUUAUUAUUAAAUGUUUUUAUUGUGGGAGGAAAUAAAUACACGUAUAUAUAUAUAUAUAAAUAAAAUACACUAGAAAUGUGUAAAUGUAUAAAUGCGCGGUUUAAAAGCUAUUAUAAAAUUUAACCUCGUUUGCCGUUAGUAAUUAAUUAUGAGCAAUAAGGCUGGAAAUGGAGGAGAGAUAGAUCCUGUUCAGGAGGAAUUGGCUGGUCGUGUACGGGAAGUAGGAAAUCAUGCAAUUUGGAGUCUAUCCAGUUGCAAACCUGGUUUUGGUGUAGAUCAAUUACGCGAUGAUGUUACAGAAACAUAUUGGCAAUCUGAUGGACAACUUCCACAUUUAGUGAACAUACAAUUUAAGAGGAAAACAACAAUAUGUGAUAUAUGUAUUUAUACAGAUUAUAAAUUAGAUGAAAGUUAUACUCCUAGCAGAAUAAGUAUCAGGGCAGGCACAAAUUUCAAUGAUCUUCAAGAGGUAGAAGUUAUGGAUCUGAACGAGCCAAGUGGCUGGGUUGUGAUUCCAAUAAAUGAUAUAAGCGACAGACCUAUUAGGACAUUUAUGAUACAAAUAGCUGUAAUAAGUAAUCAUCAAAAUGGACGAGACACGCAUAUGAGACAAGUUAAAGUUCACAGUCCAACACAGGACAUUCUUGGACCACCAGCUCCUUACAUCCCAGGCCAAUUUCUCACCAAUGAAUUUCUGCGUUAUGCUACAAUUAGAUAAAACUAAAAGCAAUGAAUUGCUUUCGUUAUCAUGGUUUUGUUAAUA